CUACGACCCACACUUUCCUUUCAUGGAGCCACAGCCAUGACCGCCUCGGUGACUUCUGAUGCUUUGCCCAGUGAGUCUGAGCUGGAACUCAUCUCUCGUUUGCAAGAACGCUUCAAGUGUGAGUUGGCUGAGCGGGAGGGGCGAGGACAACUGUACGCUCCCUUGUUUGGAGACUUAGCCUUCACGCGGAUAUUGAGGCAGAACAAGCUCGAUUUGGACGCCUCUUGCGAAUGGAUCCGCCAGUUUUUUGAGGUGUUUCAAGAGCUUGAAGGUGACACGAUUUUUCCUGAGAUGCUCCAGAAGAUGGAGCAGAUUGAGAAGGAGCAGCGCAUGCUUCGAACGGAGGACUUGAAUGGAUUUCAUGAGCUUCGCGGCUUGGUGUCUUUGAUCUACAACGCAGAGCACCUCACGAAGAGCGGAGACACCUUAAGUUUCUACCCACUGGGAGCCCUGGACAAACAUCAGAUCAUUGCGAGAGGUGCCUUCGAGCGCUACGAGCGCUUCGUUCUCCACGGCUGGUUGCUCCGAGCCAUCGAGCUGGAUCGCAUGAGCCGACGGCAGGAACGCUUGUGCCGCGUGGUGAACGUCAUCGAUGUGACCGGCUGCACUCUUUCCAAGGUCAUUUGUAAAGAGUUUGAUCAACGAGCAGAAAAGAUGAUGCAGCGGCUGGAGAAGCUAGUUCCAGAUCUCACUGCUGGCAACUGGGUCAUCAAUGCGCCCUGGAUCAUGCAGAAGAUUUUCCCCUGGGCUAAGCGGGCUCUCAAGAUCAAGGUGGACAACUGGUUUCUGUGCAACGGUGACGGCGAGCAGGAUCCGAGCUUGCUAAGUGUGGUUGAGGUCAGCCAGCUACGGGAGUUGCGCGAGUUCAGAUACAGGGUCAAAGAAGAAAGCGAGAAGUGUGAUGCAAACAUGCACUACAUUGGUCGCGGCCAGGUGUUGGAGAAAGCUAUGGAGGUUCGCAGUGGACAGCGAGUCUGCUGGAAGUUUCUGGUGAUGGCAGGUGGGAUUCUCCUCCCACCACCUGAAAUCCAAUUUUCUGUGGUGGGAAUUUGGGACCUGGACGACGAGGACGAAGUGGAGGAAGUGCUUCGCCGGAAACCCGGUGCCCGCUCGGGGCAAGGGACGGCCAAGCCCGCCGUUAAGCCUGCGAUGGUCGUCGAGGAUGGAGGUGCGCUUGACCUGGUUAGGGAGGAGAGUGAUGACUCUGAGUACCAAGGUUUACAGGAAGACAUCCUCCGUGACCUUGAUUUCUGGAAAAGCUUGGAUGGUGAGAACAGCGGAGAAGUGCUUUCGCCCAAGAGUGGCUUGAUCGUCCUUCGGUGGAGUAAUGAGUUCAACAUGAUCCGCCCGAAGCGUAUUCAGUUUGAAGUUGUGAUCAGGGAUUAGGUAAUGAUUAGGUGUACAAAGCAGCUCACCUGUUGUAGCUUUCUUUUCGGACCACAUCCCCUUGUGUCAGAUGAGUUGAUGGCCAUCGUGUGCAGGAAA